UCAGAUUCAGUCCCUAAAAUGGAAGAAGCCAAAAGCCAAAGUUUGGAGGAAGAUUUCGAAGGACAGGCCACACAUACAGGGCCCAAAGGAGUAAUAAAUGACUGGAGAAAGUUUAAAUUAGAAAGUGAAGAUAGUGAAUCAAUUCCACCUAGCAAGAAGGAGAUCCUCAGGCAAAUGUCUUCUCCUCAAAGUAGAGAUGACAAAGAUUCAAAAGUCCACAGAAAGAUAAGCAUACAAGAAUAUGAACUUAUCAAUCAAGACAAAGAAGAUGAAAACUGUCUUCGUAAAUAUCGAAGACAGUGCAUGCAAGAUAUGCAUCAGAAGCUCAGUUUUGGGCCUAGAUAUGGGUUUGUGUAUGAGCUAGAAACUGGGGAGCAGUUUCUAGAAACAAUUGAAAAGGAGCAGAAGAUCACCACAAUUGUUGUUCACAUUUAUGAAGACGGCGUGAAGGGCUGUGAUGCCCUAAACAGUAGCUUAACCUUCCUUGCAACAGAGUACCCUAUGGUCAAAUUUUGUAAGAUAAAAGCUUCCAAUACGGGUGCCGGAGACCGCUUUUCCUUACAGGUGCUUCCCACACUGCUCGUCUACAAAGGCGGGGAACUCAUAAGCAAUUUUAUUAGUGUUGCUGAACAGUUUGCAGAAGAAUUUUUUGCUGGGGAUGUGGAGUCUUUCCUAAAUGAAUAUGGAUUACUACCAGAAAAAGAAAUGCAUGCCAUUGAGGAUACCAACAUGGAAGAAGACAUUGAAUAA